GCGGCCCGCGGACACCCAGGACGGAAGGGGUCGAGGUCUGGGUGGAGGUUGAGGUCACGGUCAGGGCGGUUUAGCCCUUCUAGGCUCGGGCCCGAAUGCUCGUGUCCUCUGGCUCGGGCCAGAUCGGCUCCUUGGCGCGUGCCUUGGAGAUGCGUCUAGAAAGUUCUUCAGAGGGUUCUACCAAGACUGCGUGCCGCCGGGGGACAGCCCAGCUUGCCAUUGGGAUGCAGAGCUAGAGUUGGAGUGUGCCGCUCAGCUUAGGAGAAUUGGAGAUAAACUGAAUUCCACUGGGCGUGCUGCUGACAUCACAGCAGUGCUAGCAGAGAUGCCCGGAAAGAAGGCUCGGAAGAGCGCGCAGCGGAGCCCGAGCCCUGCGCGGUUGCCGGCAGAUCUGGAAGCUGAGUGCGCUCAACUGAGAAGAAUUGGAGACAAACUGAACUUUCGGCAGAAACUUCUGAAUUUGUUCUCCAAACUCUUUAAUUUAAUAACCUGAGCUCUUCAGACCUUUUGGAAAGAAGGGACUCCUGGAAAGGAAGUCUCCCCGCUUGUUACACACUUCUGUUAUAGGAGGGACUGCAGUGUAAGAGGGAGGAGUGUGAAGGAAUGCUGGCUUGCUUUGGUUCCCUUCAGUAGGGAUGAUAAAAUUAGAUGAAAAUGGAUUUCUGAGGAAGGCGUCUCAGAAAUCAUUCUUUGAGAUAUGAGAACAUGAAACCACUUUGCUUAUUUAAAAGAAGGACUAGAAAAGCCCUGGAAAUAGGGAAGUGAUUAGUAAUACAUUUCUGUUUUGCUAAGAUAAUUGAUAAAUGCAGAAAAAUUUUAUUUUUGCUGAAAGUUCAUGCCCAGAGGGCUUGACAGAUGAUUAUGUCGGAUGUGGGGAAGAAAUGGUUAAGUACGUGUUUUUGUUUUUCAGUAACAACUCCAGAGCAAUGUAUAAUGUUUGGUUUUAUAUGCAUAACUUGGUAAGAGGAAACAUUUCAUUUUGAUAACACUGAAUGUCAUUGUGAAUAUUGAUUUCAUAGGUCACUACAAACUCAAAUUGUAUUGUUUCUGUUUAGAUGAAUUAAGUGUUUUAAGUGUGUUACUGUAGGCAUUAACUGGAAAGUAUGGAAAACUAGGAAGUAACUUUGAAAAAACUUAAAUAGAAGUAUGGCAGGAUUACUUGGAGCCAGUAAAACUCUUGAAGACAGAAUAUUAAAUGAUAAAGAACAUUGCCAUUUUAUAUCACUUGAGACUAUGUAACUAUAAGUAAUAAGUAACUUUAAGUUGAUACAAUUAAGGACUAGUAAGAGAUACUCAUAAGAAGGUUCUGAAAGUUUAUAAAAUACAAUAGAGUUUCAUGAAUUUCAUUUUUAAUCUAGGCUAUAUGCUUGAAACUCAAACUGUUCAAUAGCAACAAAAUCCUAUUAAACACUUGAACAGAUAUUCCUGAAAAGACACACUGAUGUUCAACAGGUAGAUGAUUCAGCAAAAUAUAAAUGAAAACCAUGAUGAGAUGCUAUCUUAUACUUGCUAGAUUGGCUGCUAUUAAAAAUAUGAACAAAAAUAUAGGUAAGGAUGUGGGGGAAGGGAAGGAAUCCUAGUAUACCUUCAUUAGCACUAUAAGGUAGUAUACCCAUUUUGGAAAGCAGUGUGAAGGUUCCUUUAAAAAAAAAAGUGGGCAUUAUACAUUCAAAACAACUGAAAAGAUUUACAUGUUCUCACCACAAAGAAA